GAUUCGUCAGCGAUCGAUUUUGGCUUACCGAGCCCCUCCUGUCUGACACCACCCCAGAGACUUCGCUGCUCACAAAGACGAUUUCAAGCUGAACAUUCGUGGAAGCAGGAUGAUUAAGUUCAGCUCGAACAUCGCGACUCUUAAGAAGAGGCUCGGAGAACGAGCGGAGUCCAUCCCAAAAGCCACCACCCCGUCCUCCCUCAGACAUGGUCUACGAUAUCCUCCGUGACGCAACCGCAGGACAAGUCCUCAACUACCUCACGAACGGCCGCAUCUUGCCGUAUCCCGAACAACGUCCGGACUUCGUUGUGCCACGACGCUUCCUGCUCCCUCAAAACCGCGACAGCGAUGAAACGACACUUUGCGAGGGCAGACCCUCGGAGAAGUCGGAGGACGAUACACUCGCAGCGACGACGCCGAAUUCGGAGAUGAAGAGUGAUGAGACGAUGGGCGAUGUCGAGGAGCAGAAGCAAUCAAGCUUCGUCGAGAACGCCGUCGUGCCGGACCCAUACCUCGUCGGGUGGUACGGCGACUCGGAUCCGGAGAACCCAAGAAACUGGUCAUUUGGCAAACGUGCAUUCGUCGCCUUCGAGAUCAGUUUCCUCACAUUCAGCAUCUACAUCGGCUCCGCGGUUUACACACCGUCCAUACCCGGCCUCAUGGCUGAAUUCGGGGUAUCUAUGACGAUGGCUACCUUGGGUCUGACGCUCUACGUGCUGGCAUAUGCGAUUGGCCCUAUGUUCCUGUCACCGCUCCAGGAGCUCCCCAUCUUUGGCCGCAAUCCGGUCUACAUCGGAUCCCUGCUCCUCUUCAUCGUCUUCCAGAUCCCCCUCGUCUUCGCCAAGAACAUCCACACCGUCCUCGCAUUGCGGUUCAUGACGGGCUUCUUCGGCAGCCCGGCGCUCGCCACGGGCGGUGCGUCGAUGGCGGACAUCUUCCCCGCCAGCCAGCUUGCGUACGUCGUGGGCGUCUGGGCGCUCGGUGCGUGCGCGGGCCCCAUUGCAGGUCCCGUCGUCGGUGGAUUCGCGGCGCAGGCCGAGUCGUGGCGCUGGCCGAUGCUCGAGCUCGUGUGGAUCACGUCGUUUGCGGCGGUGUUCCUGUCUGUGCUCCUUCCGGAGACGUACGGGCCCACGAUCCUGCUCCGCCGCGCUGAGCGCCUGCGGAAGAUCACCGGGAACGACCAACUGCGGACUGCUGCGGAGCGCGCACAGGAGUCGCAGACUGCGGGUGACGUUGUCUAUGAAGCUCUGGUGCGCCCUCUGGUGCUGUCGAAGGAGCCGGCUCUGGCGUUUGCCAAUGUCUAUCUGGGCUUCAUUUAUGCGAUCUUUUACCUCUGGUUUGAGGCUUUCCCAUUGGUCUUCAUCGACAUCUACCACUUCAAUCUGGGUGUCAGCGGUCUGCCUUUCCUGGCAUUCAUUGUCUCAGGCACACUAGUAUACUUCGGAUACUGUCUGUACCAGAAAUAUCACAUCGCACCUCGGCUGGCCCGCGGCCAAGUCGCACCCGAGAUCCGGCUCGAAAUAGGUCUCAUGGGGAGCAUCUUCAUCCCCACCAGCGUGCUCAUCUUCGGAUUCGCCUCCAAGGCUAGCGUGCCCUGGAUCGUGCCCGUGAUCGGCGCCGCACUCUACCUGCCCGGGAUCUUCCUCAACUUCCAGAGCGUGCUCAUGUACAUCACGUCGGCGUACCCCGAUCACGCGGCGUCGGUUUUGGCCGGGAACGACCUGUUCCGGUCGGCGAUCGCCAGUGUCUUCCCGCUCUUCGGACGGGCGUUCUUUACGAAUCUGGGACUGGGUCCCGCCUCGGCUCUGCUUGCGGGCAUCUCGUUCCUGCUGAUGCCGGUAUUCUAUAUGCUGUUGCGAUAUGGACAUGUUCUCCGGCAGAAGUCCACGUACGCAUCGAGUGGUGCGCAUGCGCUUAAAUCGUUUCUCCUCCGAUCGAAGCGCUACUCGAAACUCCCGCACGCUGCAUCUGCCACUGAACGUUUAUCACAGGAUGUUGGCCUCCCGGGCUCCAACAUUCCGGUGCUCGCUCUGCCUGGGGCAGUGGACCUGCGCGGGUCACUCAUCGGCUCCGAUUCUACGUACACAGACAUGCGCACAGCCGUUCUCACCUCCCUGCUGAGCAUGACGACGCUGGCGCUCGCUGAUCCCAACGUCACGCAGAUUCUGGGAUUCCUCAACAAGUUCAACGCGGACUUUACUUUCCCGCAGAACGUCGAGGUUACUAAAUCCAUCAACUACACGGGUUUCUCGAAAGAUAUCAUCGGACGGCUGGAUAUCACGGGGACCUUCGUCGGGCAGGAAUUGAAUACAGAAACGCUGAUCGGAGGACACCACCACCUAGGUCUAUUUUCGAACCUUGCGUCUAAUGCAACCGGGAGCACCCCCCUGAUAGGCAUUCCGUUGAAUGCAACAUUGACGUAUGACCCGCUCCCGUGUCUGUUUGCAACCCUUGCUGAAGUGUCCCAGAGGACUCGUGAUACAGAAGAACAUCAUCCGGGCAACCGUUCUCCGGGACUUCAACUGGAAUGUGACUACUCUGCCCGCGCAAUUCGAUGUGACAUUCAGUUACGUGUCCAUCUCCCGCAAAGACCACGAUGUACUUACGAGGAUGCCCCAUACAUAGCCUUGAACGACGACGGCAUCGCCACGCAAUACGACAUCGUCCUCUUCCGCGCCGACGCGCUCUUCAAGACGGUCUGGACGCUCCUGAUCCCGCAGCUGCGCAAAGAGCUCGGCCACCAUCUCAAGCACCCUAAACACGCGUCGAACACGACUGUCCUCCAGACCCGCGCUGCGCUGGACAUCUGCCAGCAGCACCAAACGCACUGCCUCGGAAAGAACCAGCAGUACAAGUCCAUGAAGGCCUGCCUCGCGUUCGUGCGCGACACGAUUCCAUUCGGCGAGGUGUGGCAGGGCGGGCAGAACACGGCGUGGUGCCGCUACAUCCACACCCCGAUGCUGCCGCUGCGGCCCGAGGUCCAUUGCCCACAUAUCGGCCCGACCGGAGGGGAUAUGUGUUUCGAGCACUCUUACGCCCAACUUAUCCAGAACCCAUUCAAGCAGCCUUUCAUUGCGCUUCCCGGGAACUUGACGGCUUCGUCUUUGCAUAACUGAAUAGACGGUCUCAUAAUCUUGAUCGUCGCUCGAGAGAGAUGUUGCAAUACACGUACAUAUAACUGAUAAUCGAGCUUGUUCGGAUGCUCUUGUGCUUUCGAUCCAGGGUGUUCACCUGUGGAUCGAAAAGAAAGUCAUGCAUUUGCACCCCAUCCAUGUGAGCCUCCCUCCAGUCUCGAUCUGUUCCACCGGCUUGCCCACC